AUUCGGACGUAAUGGAGACGAAUAUACGCGUUUUCUUUGCAUGCCUUAUUCUGUUGCUCGCUCCGAGCCUAGUUUCCAGCAGGGUGCUCAGACUCUGCGACAAGAACCUGCGGACUAAAGUGACCGACGGCACGGUGCAACGAGACGGCAGCCUUUUGACCAUAAAUGGCACCGUUUUCCCAGUUGGCACCUAUUGGCACGAGCGCACAAGCCAGGAUGAGAUAAUUUGGUGGACUUGUCCUUGUAUGCUCGGCGAUUGCAUCCGCCUCUGCAUGAGAGAUGUCGCCGAAAUUGCACAUCUGCCGAUGGCACCGCUGCCAAUCCACGUCCCAGUCUGGGAAGGAGACGUUAAGAAGACCGUGUCGGUCACCUCAUAUUUUAAGGUCGUGCACGAGGCAGCGUGCACAAUCGAAGGCUUUUUCUGGGACGACGGGCUGACCACCAGCGACUUCCGAAUCCAGAAAGACGGAUCGAUCUACUCGCCAAACAAAAAUGAUCCGUUCACGUCGAAAUACACCAAUGCUAAAAGUUACUGCUUGAUGCCCCACGAUAAUAAGAGGCACUUGAAUGUUCUGCUUUGCGACCCCGUCAUAGACUGGGAAGUGAUCGUGUUCCCUUUGUUUUUUGUGGUGAGCGCCGUGUUCCUGCUGCUGACUGUGCUGGCCUACGUAUUCACCCAAAACCACUACUCCGUGUUCGACAGAUCUGUGGUCUGCUUUUCCUGCACUUUGCUGCUCGCGUACAUUGGCCUGACGGUGAAAGUCUUGUCAGCAGAAGCGAGCUACAUUACUGCGUGCAAAACCAUGGCCUACGUUCAAUAUACUUUUGAGCUGGCCUCAUUUUUCUGGCUCAACGUGAUGUGCAUCGAUUUGUUCAUCAUAACCAAAAAGGCUGAAAUGUGCACUGUUGACAUUUUUUACAAACUCGCUGCCUACGUGUCAGGAACUUCUUUCGUGCUUUUCCUUAUCAUGCUAGUCGUGGACAUCACCACUUCUCACCCCACGUUGAGCCCUGGGAUCGGAGUGGAGAGCUGCUGGUUUAGAUCUUUCUGGGGCAGUUUCAUCUACAUGAAUGGGCCGAUUCUACUCUUGCUGGUGAUCAACACGGUGUUGCUGAUCAUAAUCGAAGUUCGCUUUCGGCGCCAGAAAAUUAGUUCCUUGAGAAGGAAGCAGCAGGAUAAGGAGUCCUCCACGCUCAUAAUCAAACUGCUGCUGCUGAUGGGAUUCACGUGGCUGUUCGAAAUUAUGUCCUGGGCUGACGGAAGUAAGUUUGCCAUUUGGCACGUCACCGACUCGGUCAGCGCCAUUCGCGGCGUGUUCGUCUUCUGGAUUUGCGUUUACUCCAAUGAUGCUGUCUGGGAGCCUUUGCGAAUGCGCUUUUGGCCGAGAAAAGAAAUUCCAGAAGAGGCGAACGAUGUUGCAAUGACCACAAUUGAAACCUCUGCAUCUCACUCCGACAUUCAUAUGUAGUUUCAAUUUUGAUAUAUGUUUAGAAAAAUGGAUUUUCUGUAAAAAAAUUAGUCUCGUGCCUUGGAAAGGAUGAAAAUAAAAACGUAUUGCUUUAUCACUUCAUAAUUUGUGUCUUUGACACUCUUAAAAAAAUUAUAUUCUUAACAUACAUUACAUUAAAGCCUUCUUUAUACCAAAACC